AAAAAAAAAGAGUGGCGUGAUUUUCCAACCUGACAUAGAUCGCGCAGAUAUCUAUGGAUACAUGUCGCUACUUUGUCUUACCGACAUGAGAGGCUAAAAUAGACUAGGGAAGCCAGAAAACUCUCUUCCUCCCCUUUUGCGGAGUCGUAGCGCCCGCGGGAGUGGGCGUGACCGUGAGAAAGCGUGAACCGGCGGCAGCUUCGUCGCCCUGCUUUGAACGGGAGGGAGCUGGUGGCUGAUGUGCGUGGUGAAAAUGAUUAUACCCGUGAGAUGCUUCACUUGUGGUAAAAUAGUUGGAAAUAAAUGGGAGGCAUAUCUUGGCCUUUUGCAGGCAGAAUAUACAGAAGGUGAUGCCUUGGAUGCUUUGGGUCUGAAAAGAUACUGCUGUCGCAGAAUGCUGCUCGCCCACGUGGACCUGAUUGAAAAGCUCCUGAACUAUGCCCCACUGGAGAAAUAAAAAGGAAGCAUUUAUGGUGCUGCAUGUACACGAACCAAAGUUUUUGUAAUCCUCAAGCCAAACUGUUGGGGAUACAAGUGCAGAUUAUGAUCAGUGGGAAUUUCCUUUUGGUGGAUUUCCUGCUGCCUUAGCCACUUAGCAUCCCCAAAAUAAAUGACUUAAUAAUGAAUUCCACCUAGAUUGUUGGGGACCAUAUUUUUAAUUACAGCAGGGAUCUUGCCAGAUUCUGAGUAUAUUAGAAUCUCACGGAUUUUCAAAUGUGGCAAUUUUUGAAAAACCACAAACUUUGGCUUACUGUUGGCAAUUCUAAUGAAGUUU